GACAACUAGGACAGUUGGAAACUCAUGGUCUUUCCACUUCUGAUAUUUCACAAGAUAGCUUUCCUACCAAAAGUUCUAUGGAAAUUCCGGUAUUUAGUGUUCCUGAAACGAAGAAAGAAGAAAUCGAACCGGAAAAAGAAAUACUGAAAAAAAUAGAAUCGGUUCCUUCAACAUCUAAAAAUUCAGAGAUUAUUGACAUUCCUGAACCUAUCCUAAAAAAAUAUAACUUAUCCACCGAAUCUAAUCCAUCUCAAUUAUGUGUCUAUGCUAGUGAACUUGGCGCUAUGUUACCAGAUUGGAAAGCUCGUAAAAAUGUGAAAGAAGCUCUUCGUCGACGUCAAUUUAAAGAAGAACAGAUCAAGGCUCUUGUACCGGAUAAAAGGAAUGAAAAACUUACUAUUAGGGAAAGAGUUCAAUAUUGCGCUAAAAGUGGUGAUCCAUAUGAUAUUUACUUACAUGCUUUAGAUUUAGUCAAGACAAAAAAUGAUAGUGAUGAAGAAAUUGUUGCAUCCAGCUCACGUAUUUCGCUUUUCCGUAAGGAAUUGAAAGAAUCUGGAGUUGAUUCUAAAGUAAUUGAUAUAUAUGCUAAAUUUCCAGCACUUACUCAAGAUUCUAACGAAAUUCAGAAGAAGCAACUUCCUAAGAAUAACGAUCUUUCGAAGGAAGUGCACAGAGAGCAUUAUAAUCCUUUUGAUACCCAACUCGCGGAAAUAGAUUCGAUGUUAGCAGAAAUGUGA